AUGUCAACUUUGGACCCCCCUAUUAUAGAAAAGGUCGAUAUUGCCCUUAAAAAGGAAUGGGAUGGAGGGAGACGGCUUCUGGUGGCGCAAAUGACCAGUGCUGGAAGGUCGGCAGAACUUCCAAAUCAAGUGAUUAGUCCUGCUGAUGCAAAUUCAAUUGUGUCUAGUAUUCAGGAGCAAGAACAACCGGGUCCAAAACAGCUCCCGCCCAUGACGAGCCGCAAUCCGCCUCGGAACUUGUGGAGAAUUGUGUCUGUUUGCUUGUUGAACUUUGGGAACGGGUACCUGGAUGCCGCUCCUGGUGCAUUAAUUCCUUUCAUUGAGAAGUAUUAUGAUAUCAGUUACUCAAUUGUAUCGUUGAUUUGGAUGUCGAAUGCUGCUGGGUUUAUAGCAGUGGCUUGCCUAUCACACAAAAUCCGACCAUUGCUUGGAAGACAGAAAUCUUUAACCUUGGGGUGUUUCUUCUUGUGUGCAAUGUACUCCAUAGUUCUGUCCGGAACUCGUUUCCCGGUCAUAGUGUUGGCAUUUUUCUUUGGCGGAAUAGGAAUGGCUAUCACGUUGGCCCAAGCAAAUGUGUUUCUUGCUGGUCUAGAUAAAGGGUCGAAAUACUUGAGUUUCUGUCAUGGUUCUUAUGGAGUAGGUGCUACUAUUUCUCCUCUCCUAGCCACAUUAAUGGUGACCCAUGGAGUUCCAUGGCAUUACGCAUACAUCAUCAACCUUACACUUGCUCUAUCCACCGGCACAAUUGUUUGGUUUUCUUUCCGUGGUGCAGACGAGGAUUUGCAGCCUUGGGACGACGAACAUGAACCUUUGAUCUCAGACGAAAUGACACCCUCGCAAACGGCCGACGAAGGUAUUCAGCUUGGUGACAUGUCGCAAACGCCUCGAAGAAUGUCAACGGCAGCUCCUCCAAAGGGAAUGAGCCAUUGGGAUCUCAUGCAAUUGGCAUUGAAAAAUUACUUGACAUGGACCAUGGCACUUUGUGUUCUCUUCUAUCAAGGUUCUGAGGUAUCCAUGGCAGGAUGGAUCGUGACGUAUUUGACCGAGUACCGUCAUGGCAACCCUAAUUCCGUGGGUUAUGUUGCUUCUGGUUUCUGGGGUGGUUUGACAAUUGGCCGGCUUGUAGUCGCACGUCCUGCUCAUGUCUACCUUGGAGUAAGAAGAAGCGUAUUGAUAUUUUCUGCUAUCACAGUUGCAUUGGUAAUCAUGACAUGGGUCUUGCCCAACGCCAUAGCAGCUGGUGUUUGCGUAUCACUAGCUGGUGUGAUGAUUGGCCCAUCGUACAUUUUGAUAAUUACAAUGGCUGCGAAAAUCAUUCCUCGCAAAAUUCAAAUUGUCUCUAUAACUAUCAUGACUGCCUUUGGGUCGUCUGGAGGAGCAAUUUUCCCUUUUUUGGUUGGUUUGCUUUCUCAGAGUGCUGGAACGUAUGUGGUGCUUCCCGUCUUUAUUGCCUUGUAUACAACCAUGAUGAUUUUGUGGGGUUGCUUACCCAAUGCCGAACGUAUGGAUAAAGGCGGUAUCCAUUCGAUAUGGGAACGGAUUUGGUAA